AUGGCAUCAGUUGGGUUAUCACCGCCAACCACCUUUUUCCUUUUUGCCGAGGGUGUUGAGAAGAAGGUCUCUAGGGUAGCACGCUUCUUGGUUGGCGUCGGUGCUGCCGGAGCAGGGUGCUGUUUUUCCUGUGGAGUCUGUUGCUGCUGCUGCUGCUUUUUUGGCCUCCUCGUUGGUGUCUUCUUCCCCUCGACUGGCUUUUCAGUUUCUCCAGUUUUCGCCUUUUUCGGCCUCUUCUGGCCGGGAGAUUGCGUCGUGCGCUUCGUUUUGGGGGUCCUUUUUAGCGGUAAGACGGUCGUCGACGCACUUGGCGAGGCCUCUACAGUGGCUACCUUCGGCACUUUGGCCACAGGGGUUCCUGGUUGUGCCUCGACCUGA